GGCCAGCGCAAAAGCCAAUUGGCGUCACGUCGUCGCCUCUGCGGAAACCGGCGGUCCACGGGAAAGGAAAGAGGAAACAGGGAGGCGACGCCGUCACAAUUCGUUCUCGCGAUUUGCCCUUCUCCACCUCCCCGUCCAUGUCGCGGGAAAUCACGCGCGGCGACGCUGGAUUCACUUAGAUCCAACAGGGUAAUCGGCACGGGGCAGCCUCUCCACCCAUUCCCGCAGCCGGUUGGGCGAGUCGUCGGUUCAGAUAAUAGACUGGGCGUGUGGAUCCAAGAGGUUUGAUCCCUUUAAUUUGGAUUGAAGUGCCAGCUUUCGGUCAGGAAGGUGAUGCUGGAUGAUGCUGACGGACUUUGAAAGCAUACCGGUUCAAAGAAGUGUUGCCUGUCACCAUGAGGCUCAACGUUGGGCUCCUAGUGCCCUUGAUGGCACAAUACUCCGCACCCACAUGGGCUACUUUAGUUGCUGGGUUCUUCAUGCUGCUUGCGCUUUCGCUCUCCACGUACCUGAUAUUUGAGCAUCUCUCAGCAUACAACAAUCCAGAGGAACAAAAAUUUGUACUGGGUGUUAUUCUCAUGGUCCCUUGCUAUGCAAUUGAGUCAGUAAGGCCUCUAAAACACUUUAUGUAUGUGCUACAUUACUCCAUCAGCAUGCCUAAUGUUCUUCUUUUGCAACAGUGUAUUUCUUUGAUAAAUCCAAGUACAAGCGUUUACUGUGGCAUCCUACGUGAUGGUUAUGAAGCAUUUGCAAUGUACUGCUUUGGAAGAUAUAUUACUGCAUGUUUAGGUGGGGAAGAUAAAACAAUAGCCUUUUUAAAGAGGGAAGGUGGCUCUGGUUCUGGGCAGUCUCUACUGCAUCACACGUCCGAGAAGGGAAUCAUACACCAUCAUUUUCCUGUAAAUUAUGUAUUGAAGCCCUGGAGACUGGGGACGCGGUUCUACCUGAUUAUCAAAUUUGGAAUCUUCCAAUAUGUGAUCAUAAAGACCCUCACAGCCACCUUAUCUCUUCUUCUAGAAUCUUUUGGUGUUUAUUGUGAUGGAGAAUUCAAUUUACGAUGUGGGUACCCUUACUUUGCUGCUGUUCUCAACUUUAGUCAAUAUUGGGCCCUGUACUGUCUAGUAGCAUGGUAUACAGCCACCAAGGACGAAUUGGCUCCUAUAAAGCCUCUGGCUAAGUUUCUUUCUUUCAAAUCGAUAGUGUUCUUGACUUGGUGGCAAGGUGUGGUGAUUGCAAUAAUGUAUGCUUUGGGCCUUCUUAGAAGCCCUUUAGCCCAGAGCUUGGAGUUAAAAUCAAGCAUUCAAGAUUUCAUUAUUUGCAUAGAGAUGGGCAUUGCUUCAGUUGUUCACCUCUAUGUGUUCCCAGCCAAGCCCUAUGCACUCUUAACUAAUCAGUCACACGGAAACAUUUCUGUACUUGGGGACUAUGUAUCCUCUGAGCCCGUGGACCCUUUUGAAAUAAAGGAAAGCAACCGGCCUACCAAAAUGAAGCUUCCACAGUUGGAACCAGAUGAGAGAAGCGUGACAAACAUAAAAGAAAGUGUUCGGGACUUUGUUGUCGGCAGUGGUGAAUAUGUGAUCAAAGAUUUUAAGUUCACUGUUAACCAAGCAGUGCGACCAGUGGAGAAGCGCAUUGAUAAAUUGAUGAAAAAGAAUGAUAAGAGUAAGAAAAGCCAGGACGACAACUGGGUGAGUGCAGCAACACCAGAGAGGCCUGUUCGUGGGAUUGAUGAUCCAUUAUUAAGCGGAAGCGCAAGUGACAGUGGUGUCACAAAGGGCAGAAAAUAUCGCAGAGUUGUGAGCUCAGUUACUGCUGUGGACAGCUGGGGAGGUGGUGAUCAAGCUUCUGACGGAUAUGAGAUCAGGGGUCGCCGCUGGGCUGUAAAAAGCUAACGAUUUACAUAGCGAGAUGGUAAAUUCGAACCAUAUCGCGUGGGGGGAAAAGGACUUUUAGGUUUGCAACUGUUUCUGCGAUACUGGCCAUUUAGGAGCCUUCGCAAGUUCAGAUUGUCUUUGUAUAGGUACUUAGGUAGCUGAUAAUGAUAUGUAACCUUUUUGCGUAGAUUGUUUAAUUUUCUUUUCUUUUUCUUGGUCGAGUCGUACUGACAUUUGGUAUUGCAAAAUUUGAAAGUACAAUAGUUUUUUUCAUUCUUUGGAAAUGGAAACAGAGUUCAGCGA